UACACGGCCGCAGUUCCGUCGACGUCGCGCUUUGGUCCAGUCGUCCCGGUCGCGCUCACUCGUCGGUCCAGCUCAGUUCGCGCGCACGUGCGUCUCGCCCAGCGUGUGGAUAAUAUGUCAGCAUUAUUAUUAUCACCGUAAUAAGAGUCUCGCUGAUAUUAUUUAGAACGUUUCAUCCGGACAGCAAUAAUAAUUAUAGCGUAGUUGUUGCCACACGCACACGUUCGUCGUUGAACCAUUCCAAACUCUUUUUUGGCAAGCCAUGUCCACGAUGGCUGUGGCGCCGUCGCUGUCGUUGUCGCUGCUCUUGCUGUUGUCGUGGACGCCGUCGGCUCUGCAGGCCACCCUGCAGACCGUCAACGAGUGGACCACCCUCAGGUACGACAUCCCGUUCAACUAUCCCAACGCCGAAGACUACAAAUCUGAAGUGGCUGUGCCCACGGGAUUCGAAGUCGGUUGGGAUAGAGUAUUUAUUACCACUCCUAGACUGUUCAACGGGAACCCGGCUACUUUAGCGUGGAUACCGCGGAAUAGGGCGGGAGCAACGUUUGAAACUCACAAGUCACCACUGUUACAGGCUUAUCCGAACUGGGACUGGCACAGUGAAGCGGCCAGCGGUAACCUGGCCAAUUCGCCCAGACCCAACUGUUCCGGGCUGGUUUCCGUGUUCAGAGUGAGGGCUGAUAGGUGCAACAGGCUGUGGGUGUUGGACAGCGGGGUGCUGGACAGCAUUGAGACGUUCUCUACCGUGUGUCCUCCCAAGUUGAUGGUGUUCGACAUGCGAACCGAUCGGAUGCUGAGAAGCGUGAUCUUGCCACCAGAAAUCUUGAGGAAGAACUCGCUGCUGACCAAUUUGGUAAUCGACGACCAAACUGACGUGUCUCACUUACAAGACGGUUUUCUCGGUGACUGCGACAACAUGUUCGUGUACAUGACCGACAGCACCAACCCCGGUUUAUUGGUGUACGACGCCAGGAGGGACACUGCCUGGCGACUUACCCACCCGUUCAUGUACCCCGAUCCGGAUUUCGGUCUUUUCAACGUAGCUGGCGAACCAUUCUCCCUUAUGGACGGCAUCAUCGGCCUGGCGCUGUCGCCUAUAGGCACGGUCGGUCGCCGUCUAUACUUCCAGCCGUUCGCCUCCGACCGCCUGUUCUCGGUGCCCACUUCGGCGCUCAAAUCCGGUCCCAAUCUUGGCGACGACUCAGACUUGCCCGUAUCGCUGGUCGGUCACAAGUCCUCACAGGCAGCUCCCCUGGCCGUCGACCCCAAGGACGGGGCACUCAUAUUCAGCCCGGUGUCCGAAACGGCCAUUGCUAGCUGGGUGCCGGGAUCUGUGGAACACGGCGUGUUGGCUUACAGUCCGGAAGAGCUUCAGUUCGUUUUGGACAUUAGGUCAGCUGAUCGGGAUCAGAGUGCCAUUUGGGCGAUAUCGACGAGGCUUCAGAAGUUCUUCAGGAGAACUCUGGACAAAAGGGAAGUAAACAUAAGGCUCAUGCGGAUAGUCCGGGUACCAGAUUUGCCGUACAGCUUCAACAACAACUCUCUAUUGUUGUUCAAAUGAUCCGGCUCGCUACCACGAGAAUACAUUAUACAUAUAGAACUAUAAUUUAUUGUUGAGCGGUGUGCGUGUGUUUGUGUGCAAUGUACAUUUAACCGUACCUGUAAAACUUACACCGCAUGCUGUUAUUUAGAUGCCAUUAUAUCAAGUUACAUUUGUGGCGAAGCGUUGUCAACUUGAACGUUUGAAAUUCCUUGCGUGUUUCCUGAGCCAUGACGGUCGACGCUUCUUACGAAAAACGUCAAAUUUCACAUUGCUAAGGAAAAACAACACUUCAGCAUGGCUAAACUAAAGUGUGGUUUUUCGUUAACUAAAUGAAACUUGAUAGUUUUCGUGAUGAGUGUCGCCAUGAUGUUGGGCUGACCCUACCCGGGUAAUCAGAAUUUGUUUAAUAUUUAGCAUUCCAGUCAUCACCAUCAGGUUCUUUUUAUGGCCUGAUUACUCUAUUAUUUUAAAUAACCACUAUUCACUAAGAAAAAUUUAAUUUUCGUUACAAGAUCAACUUACUAGGUGAGUGUCUUUAUGAUUAAAAUACUGAUAUAUACAAAUUUAACACAUUGAAAAUAUAUGCAAUAUUCUGAUGAAUGGCUACCCAAAAAAUAAAAAAAAAGUACAAUUUAAUGUUCUUAACGUAUUGCCUAGGACACUAGGGCAGCUCAAAAAAAAAAAGUAUGUCUAUGCUAAUGGAAAACACACUCUUUAGCUGACAUCAAGUGGUCGCUUUACACAUGUUUCUUAUCCACACGCUUUAAAAAAAAACAAUGAAUUAUAAAGCAACGCAGAAUCGAUUAAUAAGUGUAGCAUAUUUUAAUUGUAAGGAUUUUUUUUAUAUAUAUUUUUUUUGUAAAUAUUUUUUUUAUUGAUUAAUAAUAGGUAUAGGUAAUAAUAAUUUAUCAUUUUCUUCCUAUUUAUAAUCGUGAUUAAGAUGCAAUAAUUAAUAAAUUUACAACACUAUAAUUUAAUAUAA